AUGAUCCCCAUUUCUACGACCCAAGAUUUUGCCCACUGCCUUGAAUUGCUCAGGCGGGAUCACAUUAGGAAGAAUCCUGCUGUCAAUACUGAGCAACAAGCAACUCAUGAGAACUUAGUAUCCUGGUGCGUCGAAGGCAACUCUCUUUCAAGAGACCAGGUCAAUGUUCUGACCGGAAUCACCUCUGGAUUCCGAGGCUUCGCAGACCUCUACUCCAGCCCAGGCGGCCGGGCUGCAAUAUGCGAAUACCUUGGAGAUAGCGAUGGUGAGCGAGUCGUCUCGUUUCUCUCCAAUGGCCCGUCACACGUCCGCGAGCAACCAGGAAUAACAGAUGCACCCAAUAUGUGA